CGGUUGUCAGGGGUGAGAUCGUUAGGAAGCGGACAGAAGGCUGGCGGGGUUGAUGCAGACAAAGGCAGGCCCGAUGGAGAAGUUGCAGCAGUCACAAACUGACCCCAGUGCUGAGGACAAGAGUGCCACGCCCAGCCACGACCCAAGGCGCUUCACGUGCGGGGAGUGCGGCAAGAGCUUCAAGCAGCACUGCGACCUGAAGCGACACGGCAGGGUGCACAGCGGCGAGCGGCCGUACUGGUGCCCGGCCUGCGGCAAGCGCUUCAGCACCUCCUACAACUUGCUGAUCCACCAGCUGAUCCACAGCGGUGAGAAGCAGUACAAGUGCCGGGCUUGCGGCCGGGAGUUCGUGCAGCAGCACCACCUCGUCACCCACCAGCGCACCCACACGGGCGAGAAGCCCUACCCGUGCCCGGUGUGUGGCAAAGCCUUCCGCCAGUCCUCCACCAUGAUGGUGCACCGGCGAAUCCACGGCGAGGAGCGGCCCUACCGCUGCCCUGACUGUGCCAAGAGCUUCAAGACCUCGUCCAACCUGUCUAAGCACCGGCGCAUCCACACGGGCGAGCGGCGCUUCGUCUGCGAGGUGUGCUCCCGCCGCUUUCUGCACUCCCACCACCUGACCACGCACCGCCGCACCCACGUGGGCGAGCAGCCUGCCUCCUGCCCUCUCUGCGGCCAGCACUUCGGUGACCCAGAGCAGCUCCUGGCUCACCGCCGGGCGCACGCUGGCGAGCCUCCCUACAGCUGCGAGACCUGUGGCAAAGGCUUUGGCCAGCGCUCCACGCUGGUGCGCCACCGCCGCACGCAUACCGGCGAGAAGCCUUACGCCUGCCCCAUCUGCGCCAAGACGUUCCGGCAGACUUCCACCAUGCAGGUGCACUAUCGCACGCACUCUGAGGAUCGGCCGUACCGCUGCCUGCAGUGUGGCAAGGGCUUCAAGAGCGCCUCCAAUCUGAUCGGGCAUCAUCGUGUACACAGAAGGCUAGCACCAUCCCCAACUACAGAGGAUACAACUGCUUCUACCAUCAGCGCUGAUAUGUCACUCCAAACUCUCCGGUGACCUCUGGGAUAACACCUGAUGGUGUACCUGGUAGAGCUCUGAAAACCUGUGCCAACCAGCUGGCAGGAGCGUCCAUGGACAUCUUCAAUCUCUUAUUGCUGCACUGGGAAGUUCCACCUGCUUCAAAGGGGCAACAAUCAUACCAAUGCUCAAGAAGAGCAGAGUGAGCUGGUUAAAUGACUGUCCCCCAUAUCUACUGUGAUGAAAGUGCUGUGAGAGGUUGGUCACAGCUUGAAUCAAUUCCAGCCUAAGCAAGCACCUGGACCGGCUGCAAUUUGCCUAUCACCUUGGACUAACUGGACAAUAGUAGUACUUGAGUAAGGCACAAUCACACCCUCAGUUCUAAUCAACAGGCUCCAAAACCUAAGCUCCAAAAGUUUGCGUGCUUAGCCCACUGCUCUAAUCUCUCUGCACACAUAAUUGUGUGGCUGGCCACAGCUCAAAUGCUAUCUAUAAAUUUGCCAAUGACAUCAUUAGUUUUGGCAGAAUUUCAGAAGGUGACAAGAAGGCGUACAGAAAUGAUAUAGAUCAGCUGGUUUCUGAACAACAACCUUGCCCUCAAAGUCAAAAAGACCAAUUGAAAGUGGACUUCAGGAAGGGGAGGUCAAGGGAAUAUACACUGGAGCCCAUCGAGAGGUCAGCAGCGUCAACAUCUCUGAAGAUCUAUCCUGGGCCCAACAUAUUGGUGGAAUUACAAAGGCGGCACAACAAUGGCUAUUUUUCAUUAGGAGUUUGAGGUGAAUUUGGUAUGUCAUCAAAGACCCUCACAAAUUUCAAGGAGAGCAUUCUAACCAGUUGCACUACUGUCUGG